CCGUGCCCCCUUCCUCCUCUUUUUCGUUUGAACUUUUCGCAGCCGCUGCUACUUGGAGCCACAGAGACCACCGAGAGAGAGAGAACAUCCAUUGGAGACAACAUCAAGUUUCUUCUGGUCCUCUCCUUGGAUAUUAACUGCACCCUGAACCCCAAUCAAGUUGGAAAUGCCGGCCCUCUGCAGCAGAGAGACGAUCGGUUUGCAUUCCAACGAAAUGCUAGAGAGCAUGUGAUCGUAGGUUCAAUUGGGGUUGCGGCGGCGCUAAUUCUGAGAUUUCCUUCCCUCACGUGGUCAAUUGGAGUUGAAAAAAAAUCAAAGAAAUGGAUAACUGGCUGAAAUUAGUGACGCUGUCAAUCAUGGUGCUGGUAUGUGGUUGCUUAGAGUCCUACCACUUUGCUGUCCUCGUCUUCCUCCUCUUCUCUAUCGGCCUUGUCUUUCGCCAAAUGAACAUCUCGGUCCCCGAUGAAGCCUCCUCUUCAUCAUACUCCACCACCUCGUCCUCCUCGUCUUCCAUCUCGGUCCCCGAUGAAGCCUCCUCUUCAUCAUCCUCCACCUCCUUGUCCUCCUCAUCGAAGGGUUCGCUCUACGAUGUGUUCAUAAGCUUCAGAGGCGAAGACACACGUAAAAGCUUCACAAGCCACCUCUAUAAAGCAUUGACAAAUGCCGGAGUCCACGCCUUUAUUGACGACGAAGAACUAACAAGAGGAGAAAAUAUAACUACCGACCUAGUGCGGGCAAUCCAAGGUUCUAAGAUCUCUCUCAUCGUCUUCUCAAGCCGGUACGCGGACUCCAGCUGGUGCCUCGAUGAGCUGCUUCAUAUCAUGGAGUGUAGAACAACGCUGGGGCAAAAAGUUAUACCGAUAUUCUAUGACAUUGAUCCUUCGGAUGUCAGGCACCAGAAAAAUAGUUUUCAUAUAUCGUUUCUGAAACAUACAGAUAAAAAGAAUGUAGCGAGGUGGAGAGCUGCUCUUACUCAUGCUGGAAAUUUGGCUGGCUGGGUUGCCGGGAAUCAUUGGAAUGACACAGAUUUGAUCGGAAAGAUUACUAGUGAAGUCCUUGUCAUACUGAACAACACAUAUUUAGAUGUAGCGCCCUACCAAGUCGGAAUAGAUUCUCGAGUGUUAGAUAUUAGUAAAUAUUUAGGUGUUGGAGAUUCAGAUGGUGUUCGCGUGAUUGGAAUUUCAGGCAUGGGUGGAAUAGGAAAAACAACGAUUGCCAAAGCUGUUUAUAACGAAUUUUAUGACAAGUUUGAAUGUAAAAGUUUCCUUGAAAAAGUGAGGGAAAAGGCAGUAGAAAAAUUGCAAAAACAACUUCUUUCAGAUAUCUUGCAAAUGACCAAGAUAAAGGUAAGCAGUGUCGCUGCAGGGACCGCCUUGGUAAGGGAAAGAUUUCGACACUUAAAGGUACUUGUCAUAUUUGAUGAUGUAGACGAUGUGAAGCAGCUACGCGAAUUAGCUGGAAAUUGCCGCUCUUUUGGCCUAGGGAGCAGAAUUAUCAUCACAACAAGAAACAAACAUAUGCUACAAGAAUUUGAAGUUGAUAAGAUAUAUCCGGCGAAAGGAAUGGAACAAGAAGAAGCUCUUGAGCUCCUAAGUUUGCAUGCUUUCGGAAGUAAGUAUUGUCCGAGUGGAUAUCUCAAGCUCGCAAGAAAAGUUGUCGAUUACUGUGGAGGACUGCCAUUGGCUCUUCAAGUUUUAGGUUCGACCCUGUUCAAAAGAAGCAUAGGAGAGUGGAAAAGUACAUUGGAUAAACUGGAAAAAAUUCCUCCUGGAAGAAUUCAUGAACAGCUGAAAAUAAGCUACGACGGGCUAGAUGAUUACGAGAGGGAGAUAUUCCGCGAUAUAUCUUGUUUCUUUAUUGGGAUGGACAAGAAUGAUGUCAUGCAAAUCUUGGAUGGUUGUGGCUUUUCUGCAACGGCAGGAAUCGAGGUCCUCCAUGGACGGUGCCUUGUAACUGUUAAUAGAAAAAACAAGCUAAUGAUGCAUGAUUUGCUUCGGGACAUGGGCAGAGAAAUCGUGCGUACAGAAAAUCCCAAGUAUCCUGAAAAACGGAGUAGGUUGUGGCGUUCUGAAGAUGUAAAAGCUUUAUUGAUAGACAAUUCUGGAACUGAAGAAAUUGAAGGACUGUCUUUGAAUUUGUCGAGUCUUGAUGAAGAGACUAGUUUCAGCACUGAGGCAUUUACAAAUAUGAAGAGACUCAGAUUGCUCCAACUCAAGUACAUUCAGCUCACAGGAGGAUAUCAAUGUCUUUCCAAAAAAUUAAAAUGGUUGUGCUGGCGUGGAUUCCCUCUAAAGUUCAUACCAAAAGACUUGUGUCAACCAAAUAUAGUUGCUAUUGACAUGAGAUAUAGCAGCCUCAGACAAGUUCUUUGUGAGGAAUCCGGGUUGCUUGACAAGUUGAAGAUUCUAAAUCUCAGCCAUUCCCAUGACCUAACACGAUCACCGGAUUUUUCAAAACUCCCAAAUCUUGAGAAAUUGAUACUCAAAGGUUGUAAAAGAUUGUCUGAUGUUCACGAAUCGAUUGGAGAUCUGAAGAGUCUAUUUUUGGUAAAUUUGGAAGGCUGCAAAAUGCUUAAGAAUCUCCCCAAUACUUUUUAUAAGUUGGAAUCUGUUAAAUGUCUUGUUCUUAAAGGUUGUUCAGAAUUCAAAAACUUGUCUGAGGACUUGGGAAAAAUGUCAUCCUUGACAACUCUUGUUGCAGAUGAGAUGGCCAUAACAGAAGUACCAUCUUCCAUCGCACGACUGGGGAACCUUCAGUCCUUAUCUCUGCGUAACAUGAGGUCGUCCCUGAAGUUACCUCCUUCAUUAAUGGGCAUGCACGCAUUAAGAGAAUUAGAUCUUAGUGGCGGCAAUUUAAAGGAAAUUCCUAACGAUAUCAGGAGUCUAUCUUCUUUGGUAUCAUUACUUCUGGACCGCAAUGGUUUCCAGAGCCUUCCAAGCUUCAGUGACCUCUCCAGGCUUCAAAGACUAAGCCUGAAUGGUUGCAAAGACCUGGUUCAAAUCACUGAUGAUUUACCACCAAAUUUGAGUCUUUUGAGUAUGAAUGACUGCACAGCACUAGAAAGAAUGGCAAAUUUAUCAGGAUGGCCGAGAGUUGUGGCUCUAGAUGGUUCCUCCAAUCUCAUUGAGUUUCAGGGCUUGGACAGGGCGUUAAACACGGGUAUGAUACUUGGCAUGCGAGCGCACAACAGAAUCUCUGAAUUCCUAUUCAAGGAUAGCACACUACAGGGAUGGACUGGUACUGGAUAUAUUUAUCUUCGAGCAAAUCAUAUUCCGACUUGGUUCAAUAUUGUCAACAAGAAGGGUGACCGAGUCUAUUUUCAAGUGCCUCAUGAAAUCGGUUAUAAGUUAAAAGCGUUGGCUGUGUGCUUCUCUUGUCGUCCCUAUAAGUUGAGCUCUCCUUUGACAUAUUCCAUUUCUGUUAUCAAUCAUACCAAGUGCACUUGCAUUCAUGCCGAUGUAUCCGAUUUCUAUCCGCCUGCUCGCUUGGAAGAAUACCUUUGGAUGGGACAUUUCUCAAACGACGACUUCAAAUUGGAGGGCGGCGACUCCGUCCAUGUUAUUGUACAAGCCCGAGAAACUGAGACUGGGGUCAUCAGGGUGGAGAAAACAGGGGUACGUCUAGUAUCCGACAAACGUAUUGAUUUCAACUUUUCGUCUAUUCAUUACGGUUCCAUCCGUUAUGAUGAGGCCUUCAACAAAUUUUCGAUCAGUGAUGAUGAUGAUGAUGAUGAUGAUGAUGGUGGUGGUGCAUGACGACAAAUCAUCUAUCAUAGACCUUCCAAAAGACGGAGGUUUGAUCCAAUACUUGACUAAGGUCUAGUUUGCUAUUGUUGUGCUAUGGAAAAAAAAAAAAAAAUCUGAUGUUGUGCCGUGAGAAUUAGUAACUAUGAAAUAAAAUAGUAAUGUGUUUGGUAUACUAUUUGUAAAAGUACUUUUCGGGAAAAAAAAAUUGUCUGGUAAAAUUUUACAUAAAACCAUGGUGAUUGUGUAAAAUGAUCAAAAAGAGACAUAAUAUUGGAUGUGCUAUUAACAAAUAAAGAUCAGUUAUUAAAUGUA